AUGCUGCUCCUUGGGCUGCUGCUGCUGACUGUGUUGGCUGGUGCCCGCCUGCUGUGGGGCCAGUGGAAGCUCAGGAGCCUCCACCUCCCACCUCUUGUCCCCGGUUUUCUGCACCUACUGCAGCCUAACCUUCCCAUCUACCUGCUUGGCCUGGCUCAGAAACUCGGGCCUGUCUAUAGGCUCCGCCUCGGGCUACAAGAUGUGGUGGUACUGAACUCUAAGAGAACCAUUGAGGAAGCCAUGGUCAAGAAGUGGGUGGAUUUUGCCGGCAGACCCCAGAUACCAUCCUACAAGCUGGUGUCUCAGCACAGCCAGGACCUCUCACUUGGGGACUACUCCCUGCUCUGGAAGGCCCACAAGAGACUCACCCGUUCUGCCCUCCUGCUGGGCAUGCGCAGCUCCAUGGAGCCCCUGGUGGAACAGCUGACCCAGGAGUUCUGUGAGCGCAUGAGAGCCCAGGCCGGUGUCCCCGUAGCCAUCCAGAAGGAAUUCUCUUUCCUCACCUGCAGCAUCAUCUGCUGCCUCACCUUUGGAGACAAGGUCAAGGCUCUCUCAAGCUCACAUCUGCUUGGACCCACUCCUCGGCCCCUCCCUGCCCUCCUUGUCCUAAACUGAAAGGAUUCCCUCUUCUGGCAGGAGGAUACCUUAGUACAUGUCUUUCACGACUGUGUCCAGGACUUGAUGAAAACCUGGGACCACUGGUCCAUCCAAAUUUUGGACAUCUUUCCGUUCCUCAGGUUCUUCCCCAACCCCGGCCUCUGGAGGCUGAAGCAGGCCGUGGAGAACAGGGACCACAUUGUGGAGGAGCAGCUGAGGAGGCACAAGGAGAGUAUGGUGGCCGGACACUGGAGGGACAUGAUGGACUACAUGCUUCAGGGCGUGGGGAAGCCAAGAGUACAGGAGGCUCCCGGACAGCUCCUCGAAGGGCAUGUGCAUAUGUCUGUGGUGGACCUUUUCAUCGGUGGCACGGAGACCACUUCAACCACUCUCUCCUGGGCUGUGGCGUUCUUGCUUCAUCACCCUGAGGUUCAGCAGAGACUGCAGGAGGAGCUGGACCGUGAGCUGGGCCCUGGGGCUGGGAGCUCACAAGUCCCGUACAAGGACCGCACGCGACUGCCCCUGCUCAAUGCCACCAUCGCCGAGGUGCUGCGCUUGCGGCCAGUGGUGCCCCUGGCCCUGCCACACCGCACCACUCGGCCCAGCAGCAUCUUCGGCUAUGACAUCCCCGAGGGCACAGUCAUCAUCCCCAACCUCCAGGGGGCCCACCUGGACGAGACGGUCUGGGAGCGGCCACACGAGUUCUGGCCUGAUCGCUUCCUGGCCCCUGGCGCUAGUCCCAGCGCUCUGGCUUUCGGUUGCGGGGCACGCGUGUGCUUGGGCGAGCCGCUGGCGCGCCUAGAACUGUUCGUGGUGCUGGCGCGCCUGCUGCAGGCCUUCACGCUGCUGCCACCCACAGGCACCCUGCCCUCCUUGCAGCCCGAGCCCCACGGCGUGAACCUCACUGUGCAGCCUUUCCAGGUGCGGCUGCAGCCCCGAGGAGCAAGUGGCCCUGUGCUGGGAGAGAGUCAGUGA